AUGUACGACAUGCUGGACCUCUUGGAGGUGGAGAAAUUUGACAAGAAGAAGCUGAAGAAAAUCAACACAGAGGAGGUCAACACGUUGCCCUCCAAGGAGACUCUUGAGCAGAAGAAGGAAUGUGUGAAUUCUUCCUAG